UUGUGGUUCCCUUUUAUUGAUUUCUCAGGAACUUCUUUUAUGUCUGAUGUAGAAAUGAAUACUAAAGGUCUUCCUUGAAGUGUGCUUGAGAGAUGGUCGAUAAUGAAAAUAGUAUAUUGCCACUAUCCCUUAAGAUCAUUAAUUUUGGCUCAUGUGCACACAAGUUGCUUUCUAUAGAUUUAGUACUUUUACUUGUCUUUUGCAGGAUUACACAUGGAUUUGUUUUACAUGUGGUUUAUUAUUUCAUUGAAAAGCGCACCACAAUUGGAAAAAAAAAAAGAAAUCAGUAUGAAUGACAAAAUAACACCGAAGUCCUUACAGUGUCAAUAAUUUUAUUGAUUAAUAAGGGCGUUAUAACUCGAAGCUGGCCUCUUGUUUGGGUUUGUGGUGCUAUAAUUUAACGAAACUCUUGGUGUCACUGUGCACCAACAAAGACAGGAGGUCUCUGUUCUUCAUCCAUUCUUUUCUGCCAUUGCGAAGGCUUAUUUUGGUGUAGCGUGUCUAGGUUAAGGACGUUACAAAAGGCAAACGCUGGGAUUAUUUAGAAUAUUUAAAAAGAGCACUAUUUUUGAUCACUUCCAAGGAAUUUUCCAGGAAAGGAUUAAACCUUGAUCGAUCAUGGGAAGUGCAGUAUACGGAAGAUUGGCUAUGAAUUGCUAUUGUGUGGUUUUUCUUUUCGUGGCCUUGCAUUUCGCCCAUGGAGACGUGAGCUACACUAUCGCAGAGGAAAUCAAAGGCGGAUUUGUGAUAGGGAAUAUCGCCAAAGAUCUGGGUCUUGGGAUGGCGACUCUUUCCUCGCGUAAAGUCCGCAUUGACACAGACAGGGACGAUAAAAGGUAUUGUGAUAUUAAUCUGAGCACCGGAGAAUUGACUGUCAGUGACAGGAUCGACAGGGAAAGUCUUUGUGGUAAAAAAGCCAGCUGUGUUUUAAAAGAGGAGCUUGUGCUGGAAAAUCCUUUAGAGCUUCAUCGCAUCAGUAUUCAUGUGCAAGAUAUAAAUGAUAACGCGCCAGAGUUUAGUGAGGAUCUGAUUUCACUUGAAAUAACAGAAUCGGCAGACAAAGGAGCGAGAUUUUUACUUACGGAAGCCCGCGAUGCCGACAUAGGCACAAAUGCUGUCCAACGUUACAAUUUACAAAACAAUGAGCAUUUCACCAUUAAUGUAAAUACAGAUGUUAGUGGGAGGAAACAUUCCGAAUUGGUUUUGUUAAAAGAACUAGACCGAGAAAGUUCAAGAACCAGUGACUUUAAGUUUGUGACAUCAUACAAUGACAACACGCUGCCUGCUGACCAGACUCUGAAGAAAAGUCCAUCAGACUUUACAGAUGUGUUUGGAGAUGGCGAUAUGUCUCCUAAG